GUAAGCUUCCACUGAACUGAAACUCGGAAGUCUACAGCUUGACUUUGUCUCCAAACUCACCUUUUGCAAUAUUUGCUUCCGGAGAGUAUUGUGUAGUUUGCAGAAGCAUCGCCCAACUUUGCUUUGAUCUCCAACUUCCUUUUAGCAAGAUUUGCUUCCUGAGAGUAUUCUGUAGUUUGCAGAAGCAUCGCACACUCAACGAUCACCUCUAGAUCCACUUUAUUUGGAGAUCUGAAAGAAGAGCAAGAAUCUGCCGCUGCUCUCUGAUCUGCAAUCAGAUGGCGGUGUCACUAACAGUGGUGGGGGGAUGGUUCGCGCAGGCCUUCAUCCAGACCUUGAUCGAUAAGGCCAGCGAUAAAUCCAUCCAACUGUUUGCCGAACGCCGGGGUUUCGCGGCGGACAUGGAUAAACUGCGCAUCUCGUUGCUGGAGACUCAAAUCAUCCUUGACGAGGUGCAGAUUAGUCGGAGCAACAACACCAAGUGGAAGAGAUUGAUGCAGGAACUCAAGGAUGCUGCUUAUGAUGCUGAGGACUUGAUAGAUGAGUUCCAAUACCAUGUCCUCAGGCAGAAGGUCAAAGGUGAAGAAGAGAACAAGGCAAGCGGCUCCAGUGGCCUUCCAAACAUUUUUUCUGUUGCAAAAGAAAAGUUGUUUGGUUCUUCUCAUUCCUUGGAGGAAGAUGCCAUGAGAGCUAGCGUGGUGGAGAUUCAAGGAAGGCUGGAGAGAAUUGCUAACAGUAUGAAGAGCAUCAUGAAUGUGUUACCAUCAAAUGAUAGAGGGAAGCAACCAGAUCAGGUGAAGUUUCAGGCCAGAGAAUCAUGCUCUUCCCCGGUGACGGACAUAUUGUUUGGUAGAGACAAAGAACUGAAUCAAGUGGUAGACUGGUUGUUGGGGUCAGCUAAUCAGGUGGAACCUGCAUCGGAAUUUGUCACUGAUACCUUCUCCGUCUUGCCCAUUGUCGGGAUAGGAGGGGCUGGAAAGACUACUCUUGCUCAAUAUGCGCACAAACACAAUAGAGUUCAGGUUCAUUUUCACCUCAAGAUUUGGGUCUGUGUGUCUGACAAUUUCACUGUGCAAGGACUCGCUAAAUCUGUAAUACAGUCAGUAACUCCACAAAAGCAAUAUGAUAGCAUGGGGUUAGAACCUCUUCAAAAACUACUCCAUGAGCAUAUUGCGAAUAAGAAGUUUCUGCUUGUUCUUGACGACGUGUGGAGCGAUAAUAAGAGUAUCUGGCAUAAAUUCUGUGCACUACUUAAAGUUGGAGCUCAUGGUAGCAAAAUCAUUGUUACGACUCGAGAUAUGAAAGUUUCAAAAAUGGUUAGCUUGGUGGAACCAAUUUUGCUCCAUGGUUUAGACGAAGAUGCCUUUUGGCAAUUGUUCAAGAAAUGCUCAUUUGGCACACUCGACCCUACAGACUAUCCGGAGCUAGAAGACAUUGGUAGAAAGAUUGCUCGCAAGUUGAAGGGCUCACCAUUAGCCGCAAAGACACUCGGCAGUGUUUUGAAAUCAGAUUUGUGCCAGCAACACUGGGACACCAUAAUGAAGAGCGACAUAUGGAAAGUAAAACAAGAUGAAGAUGACAUUAUGCCAGCCCUGCAUUUAAGUUAUCAAUAUCUUAAUGAAAAUCUGAAGCAGUGUUUUUCUUUUUGCUCGGUGUUCCCUAAAGACUACGUGUUCGAAGAAGCUGAAUUGGUUCGAAUGUGGAUGGCUGAAGGCUUCAUCGAAGAUAAAAACACAAAGAGGAUGGAAGAUGUUGGAAGUGACUAUUUUCUUGAGUUUGUUAACAGGUCUUUCUUUCAAGAAUUCAAAUUUGGUGGAUUCGUGAUGCAUGAUCUUAUACAUGAUUUAGCUGAGAUGAUUUCUGCGGAAGACACAUGUAGUAUUGAAAUAAAAAGACAAACAAAUACGCUUUCCAUAGUUCGACAUCUACGUGUAGAAGGAAAACUGCCAUUGGAGUUCUUUGGAUACGACAAGUUGCACACCUUGCUGUUGAGAACAAAAUCACCUCCCGAUAGCAUUUUUGAAAAACUAAGAAGCAUUCGCGUUCUGGAUGUAAGUUGGUGUGACUUGCAGGAGUUAUCUGAACAUAUUAGUAAAUUGAUUCACCUCCGUUACCUUGAUAUAUCGUGGAAUUCUGAAAUUAAAAUUUUGCCUAACUCAUUAUGCGACCUUUAUAAUCUGCAAACGCUGAAGAUACAAGGGUGUGAUGAACUAAAGUCUGUACCACAAGAAUUGAGUAAGUUGGCCAAUCUGAGACACAUUUAUGCAGAUCCCAAGUUUUGGAAGAUGAUAAAGGAUGUACGGAAACUAACUAAUCUUCAAGAAUUGUCAAUAUUUAGAGUUCAAGAGGACGAUGGACUCAAGCUUGGACAACUAAAGGAUAUGACACAGCUUCAUGGAACACUUGGUAUUUGCAAUCUUGAGAAUGUUGUUGAUAGCACAGAAGCACAGCAGGCUGAGUUAAAGAACAAAGUCCGCCUAAAUAAAUUGGUAUUGGAAUGGAAUGAUAAGAAGGAUGCCAAGUUGGAAGAGGAAGUAAUUGAAGGUCUGCAGCCACACGAAUCACUUAAAAUAUUGAAAAUUGAAGGGUACAAUGGAGGUAGGUCACCUAGUUGGUUGAUGCCGAAAGUUCUAUCCAAUUUGGAAGAACUUGAAUUAGCAAAUUGCAAGGGAUGGGAUGACGUUCUGCCAUUUAUUGGUCAACGUUUGCAUCUGAUUGAACUUCGCAUGACCAACAUGCCUGCUUUGAAACGACUGAGUCAUGAAUUUGAAGGCAAGUGUUUUCCAAAGUUGAAAGUGCUUGAGUUAAGCUAUUUUCCGGCAUUGAGAGAGUGGUCUUGGACUGAGGGCAAAGAUCUAUUUCCCUGCAUGCGUGAACUUCGCGUCUGCCUUUGUCCCAAACUAAAGAGAUUGCCUCCCUUCCCUCCUUCCCUAGAAAUAUUGAGAAUAGAAGACUGUCCCAAGCUCAUAUUAAAUAGCAGAACGGAAGAUGAUGGGGAAGGUGGCUGCUAUCUACCGCCCUCACUCAAGGUAUUAGAAUUGGACAACUGUGGCGAAUAUUCAAAACUUUUGCCUGAAUGCUUGCCCAACCUUCGUUUAGUUACUCGAUUGACCAUAAGGCAUUGCCCACAUAAAACGUCUAUUCCUCUGGUUCAAUUGGAUGUAGAAGAUGAACAAGCAGCGAGCUUCUUGUCAUCUCUGCGUUAUUUAUGCGUGGACAACACUGCUCUGCUUAAAAUGUUUCCUCUGAGAAACUCACUGCCAUUCAUCACAGAACUUGAAAUUAAUUCAUGUUCCGAGGAGGUGAUAUUUGAGGAGGAAAUAUUGGUGCGAAGCCUCCCUGCUGUUACAUCUCUAAGCUUUUGUUUUUGCGAUGCACUACAAUCUCUGCCGACAGAAUUGUUGCAUAGCUUUCCUUUCCUAGAAGAAUUAAAAAUACACAACUGUCCACAGCUCCAAUCGCUGCCAGACAUAGGACUUUCUCCCUUCCUCAAAACACUUCGUAUAUGCUACUGUCCACAGAUUCCAGCGAUACCCGAGGCCGGGCUUCCCCAGUCAUUAGAAAUUUUCGAUUGCUUUGGCAAUGUUCAUCCAACGCUGAAGGAGCAGUCACAAAAGUUCUACGCAGAUAGAUAUGAUAUAGGAGAGCAAGGUUGGAAUUGAAAUGAGAACCUGAACGGCUCAAUUAAUUAUCACAACAAGGAUCUGGUUCUUCAUGGGCAUAUACUAUGCAUAAGACAAGCAGUAAAAGCAUCUAUUGAAGUUUGUUGAUAAUAAUGUUCAAGUGAUAGCUUCGCGAUAUGUUCUUAUGGAGAUAUAUGGUGUCUUUAGUUGGGAACAAAAUUUACUUUACGUGUCAUUGGUGUGCAUUUCUUUAAUUUUCACAAACUUGCUAAAUAAAUAUUAUGACAUUAAUUUGUCAUUUUAACAA